GGUCCCAACGGGGGUAGCGAAAAAUUCAAAGCACGCAUCCUCCUCGCCGCGGCUUUUUUCACCCAUCAUUCAGCUCCGGGAUAGUGCUCGGGAUUGGAUCUUGUUUCUGUGGUGCGCGAAAAAUCCCUUCACCGGGAAGUGGCCAACCGUCCAUAGAGUGCCGGGAACUGUCGCAGCGGGAGUUGUAGUUCACUUGAAAGUGGAAAAAAAUUCAUCUUUUUCGUCGUGGGAACCACAAAAUGUCGAAGAAGAUGUCUCGCUACCCUCAUGAUGCCAAGGUUUACGUCGGGGAGCUGGGAAACAACGCUAGCAAGCAGGAAAUCGAGGAUGCCUUCUCGUAUUACGGUCCGCUGAGGAACGUUUGGGUGGCCCGCAACCCGCCGGGUUUCGCCUUCGUCGAGUUCGAGGACGCGCGCGACGCGGAGGACUCCGUCCGGGGGUUGGACGGCCGGACGAUCUGCGGACGCCGGGCGCGCGUCGAGCUGUCCACCGGCAAGGGUGGCCGGGGACUGCGCGGCGGAGAUCGCGGUGGUGGUGACCGUGGCCGGGGCGGUCCCCCGAGCAGCAAGAGUGGCCGCUUCCAUCCGGACGACCGGUGCUACGAGUGCGGCGGCCGGGGCCAUUACGCGCGGGACUGCAGCCGCCAUGGGCGGGGAGGAGGUGGCGGAGGACGCGGACGUAAAAGAUCCCGCAGCCGCAGUCCUCGGUCGCGUUCUCGCGAACUGCGCACCCGUUCGCGCAGCUACAGCCGUGGGGCUUCCCGUAGCCGCAGCCGGGACCGUGACACCCGUGACCGUCGCACCCGGUCCAAGACGCCGACGAAGCGCGACAGAGCCACGCCCCGCGAGCGUUCGGUCAGCCGUGGCCACACCAAAUCACCGCGGCGCUCCGUUUCGAAGACCCGUUCCCGCAGCCGGUCCAGAACGCCCCGUUCGGUGUCCCGAUCCAGGUCCAGAUCGCACCGUCGCAACGGAGACUCCCACCACGAUUAGAGAGGGGUGGACCACACAGACAUACACACAAACAUGCUAAUUAUGACCUAUUGACGCAACAACACAAAAUUGAACAUAAAUGACGCCCUAUUGGUUGUGAGGAGCAUUUCUCCUCGACGCUGAUUUGGCACGCAACCAAAAAAAAAAGAAGAACAUACUAUGAAAUAUUUAACCCGUAGACUAAGACACAACUUCAGCAUGAUGCUUUCGAAAAGUUUUUAGUUUGACACAAUACUGGGACGGCGAGUCCGAAUGUAGUCCUUGGAAAUCGUUUGAUGCAAUAAAAACAGCAAAAUCCAGAAUCUCGUUCUGACACUUGGACUACCGGAAGACCUGUCCGCCCUUUACCCCGUAUGAGAUUAAAGUGUAUCCAAUGCGAAACUGUGUGUCGAUCCAUACAAAUCAUUUUUAAAAUAAAAGAUGUAAAAGAAAAAUAAAGUUCGUCCGGAUGCUCUCUAAAAAAACAAUACACAAACACACACCCACAAAAAAAACAACAAAACAUUAACCUGACUCUGACUACUGUGCAGAUUUGCAUUUAUUGUUUAAGGCAACGUCAAAAUAUUAAAAAUCCAAAAGUAAAAAACGCGGCUGGUUCGGCCGAGACUCCUGGCACGGACGCGCCCCCCUUCGAGAUUGAGCACUUGAAUCAUCAUCAGUAUAUUCUGUGUGUAGCAGUGACUAGCAAAACCUUCGUUUUAAACUGUGGAUUUAAAUUAAUAAAGCUA